AUGGUGGUGGGGAAGCUGGAGGAGCUGUCGGUGAUGGUUAUGGCACUGGAAAUGAUGGAGGAGCUGGUGGUGGUUCUGGAUAUGCCUAGGCUAAGCUGUAGAUCCUCCCUUGGAUAUGGUGCCGGAGCUGAACACAGUGGUGGCGCUGUUGGUGGUGUAGGUGCCGGUGGAACUCAUGGUGGUGGUUAUGGUGCCGGAAAUGAAGAAGUUGGUGGUGGCACUGCGUACGGUGCCAGUGGUGCACAUGGAGGUGGGUAUGGUGGUGGAACUGGAACCGGAAGUGGUGAAGGAGCUGGUCUCCAUGGUGGCAGUUAA